CUGCGUGUUCCGGUUCUUUGUCAUCAAUGGGUUGCCGGGCGAGUUCAUUUCAAGUGCCACUUGAAUAUAAUUUACGCUAUAUUUGAAGAAGAUUGUGAUUAAAAUAGGGUUUUACGGCAAUUCUAUUGCUAUUUGCUUGAUAAUCGAUAACGCAGCCCAGUCAGAUCGCGAGGAUUUCGAAUUGUUUGGCGUUAGGCCCUUUCGGUAUUAAUGAGCCGUACCCACUUCAGCUGACUGCGUCGUACGCAAGGCUACUCUAGUAGUAGUCUGGCGUUCGAGGGAGGCGGUCGGGUUUAAGCUCGCGGUUGUGAUAUAUGCGGUUAGCUUUUCUGAGUGUUAAAAUGGUUUCAGAACAUUUACCAUAAGCGUGAAAGGUUGUGCGCGGUAUUCAUUCUUGUAUUAGUUAACGUUUAGUUUCACGUAUAGCUUAAGAUCGGUGACGGGGCACAGUGUCAGUGUGUGUUGACUUGAAGCGGACUGUCGGCUAAGCUGAGGCUUAAUAAUGCUCAAGUUCUUGACUCACAAGCUCCGAACGCAUUCUUUGAAUGAGGAGAACGUUUCCGAGAAGGUUGAGGAGCGAGACUCCGGGACUGAGUCGGACGACGAGGCAGAGCGCACCGACACCGGUGGAUACUGCGCGGACGUCAUUAUGAAGUGGAAUGACGUCACAAAUAUCAGUAUGAGCGGCGAGGCGUGUGCCUGCGCGCCCACACCCCCCGCGCCCCGUCAGCUGGUCGCCCCCGAGCCUGAUCAGCUGUACGACCAUCAUUCAUCAGAGGAGGAACUAGAGGUUAUCAACGGGAGUGAAGGCAGUACUGCGAGUGCCGAGGGCGGAGCGGCGCCUCGCAGCGAGGGCCGGCGGCGGGGUGCGUCCUCCCCCGCGCGGACGGCGCCCGAGAAGAGACGCUGGCCCGCGGAGCCCUACGACGAGGAGCUGGCGACGAGGGCGCCCUCGUCCGACGACGAUGAUACUAAGGUGGAGACGCCGGUGCGGUUCCGCACGUCGCCGCCGCUGGAGGCGCUCAAGCCACGGCGUGCGGGCGGGGUGUGUGCGGGCGGGGCGGGUGUCUGCGGGGCGAGCGCGGGGGGCGGGGGCGGGGGCGGGCCCUCGCCGCCGUCGCCGCGCCGCCGCCGCAUGCCGCUGCCGCCGCCGCGGAGACACCGGCCGGCGCUCGACUUUGAUAAAAUGCAACAGCUGAAGGUGAGCGGCGCGGGCGGCGUGCGGUCGUGGCGCGCGGUUGGCGGCGCGCACGGCGGGGAGCUCUCCGUGUUCUGCUGGUGAGGGAGCGACGCCCGCCCCCCACACACGCUCCCAGUUCGCGAGGCACACUUAAUCAGUACAACAAGGGGGAAGUUCCUCGACUCUUGGUAUAUCGAAGCUAUUCCCUGUACUCUCGUGCUCCGGUUGGACCACAGGUGGUCCACUGGCCGGCGAUAGCCGCCCGGCUCCUGCGAUACACCGUCUCCUACAUUUUUCUACUACUUUGAAAUAUUUGUUAGCGAAAUAUUCAAUUGUAUGUGUGUAUGCCCGGUGCGGUUGGACAGGAAUCGUCUAGGUUUGGAAACGGUUUUUUGUGUGAACACGAUUAUUGCGUAUUGAAGUAAAACUAUUUAAUUAGUGUGAAUAUUUUAUAGCUUUACUUCAAGUUGUGUGUAGUUUUACUGCAGGCCUGAUAUCCUUCUUGUAACCUGUUGCACACAAUCAACAAAGUACAAACUUAUAGAUAGGUCGUGAACUCGGGCUUCAAGAACACUCACACAUGUAGAACCCGCGGCCAUUUUGUGUUCACAACGCCGACGCACGCGUCACGUUAUAUUGACACCAGUGUUGUCAGCACAAAAUAUUAGACCGAACGAUGUUGAAGCGCAGAUUACCGAAUGUAGUUUUUGGAAGUAUUUACUCAUUUUGAAUACUGUGUAUAAAAUGACUGUUACGUCGAGGUCGGGAACCGCGCGACGUCCCGAUUCCCGGCCCCGAUGAGUUUUGUAAGACGCCAUCGUUAGUUACAUAAAUGAGUUAUUUUAUUAUUAGUCUCGUGACAAAUUAUUAUGGUAUUGUUGUUGUUAAAGGCGAUACAAGUCGGUUCGGUUAGGUGCGGUGCGGGUUCGGUCCGUCCGUUCGCCUCUCUCAUAGUAAGUAGCGGGUCCUCGGGUAGCUCCUUCGUUUGGUGAAGACCCAAACUGGUAAUAUAUUGUAUUCUUUGGUGUAGACCCAAGCUGGUAAUAGAUUGUAUUCUUUCAUAACGAUAAAUCCGCACCGGCCGAACCAUAAUAGAUUCGGUUCGCCCGCGGGAACCACCCUCCGCUUUUGAUCUCGAAAUGCGACUGAAGAAAAGUGGCACCUGGCUGUCUUUGUCGUCCGCACGCGGCGCGACAUCCGCCACUCAAAUGUGAUCGAGUCCUCAAUAGAGGAUCUAAAUAUUAACUUUUUAUCAUUUAAUGUCGCGUGUUAGGACGCGGCCGACCUUGUGCAUGUGGGGUCCAACACACGACGACGAGAUCGGCUCGUGUUCGGACGAUAUAUCGGUUGUACCUAGUUAUGUAACUUAUGUUAAUAGAAACUUGUUUAGCAGAGCUAAACCUGCUGUUAUGUUGUGUUGAAUGAUACCAUCAGUGACUGGUGCGAGUGGAUCAGUGAAUGUAACGGACAUUUAACAAAUUUUCAAUUUAAUACGAUAAAGUACUAAGACUUUUUUUAAAUCGCUUGGAUAAAGAUUGUAUGUACAUAAUGUUAAGUUAGGUUAGACAUAAGUGCAGUGUUAGAUGUAGUAGGACAUAACAAAUUGUACGAGGGACGCUCGCAGCCGACCGCAACGUUCACUCCUUAUUUUUGUGUUAUUUUUUAUUUCUUGCUACUAUUUUUGUUACUGACCUCUCCGUAUCGAUUCUGGCGUCACUGAAGUGUGCUCGCGGAGAACUAACUGUUGCGCCUUUUGACUCAUCAGAUUAGGAUCAAUAAUAACUUGUAAAGUACUUCAUCGUGUUUAUGAUGAUGUGUAUAUUAUCUGACACGAGCCCGAUGCUCUUCUUCACGAGCACUCUGCAGCUUAAUCACCUCCGCAGCUAUUGGAUCAAAUCCACGAAAUAUAUUUCAUCAGUACGCGGUGCGGAGGCUCAAAGUGACGUCAGCAAUCGAAGGUGAUAUUUUACAAGAUAAUUUAUAUUAUGUUUUUAUAUAUUGAAUUAACAAGUGUAAUAAAGAGUGAGCAAUGGCAAAUCUUAAA